AUGAUGGACAUGAAGAUGAUGGGAGGUGGUGUGCCCUGGCUUGAUCAACCAGUGUUGCUUCACUCGUCUCGAGCAGACAAGUGCAAGUUGUCUCCUGAACAGUGUGCAUAUCGGAAUUCCCACUGGCGCUACUGGUACCAAUCUGACCAUGUAUACGCACUAGCUAUAGUCUACUUCUGUUGCGCGGUGAUCGGUGUAUUCGCCAUCUCGAACUUUCUUGUCAGAUACUCCCCGGACUGGGUCAAACGCACUCAAGUAUGGCGGGCUACUACUUCGAUGUCUCGAUACUUAGCUUAUCGAGGAUAUGGAACAAAAGCAUUACGGUACUGGUCUCCAUCAUUGGGGGUGUUAUUGCUGGGUAUAGUCGGAGCAGGAUUCUUCCUUGGAAUGACUCUUGGCCCGCAGCCGUACUACUGGCCGACAGAUGCAAAUUAUGGGAGCAGUCCUCCUAUAGCGACUCGAGCUGGGUGGAUGGCUCUAGCAUUGCUACCAUUUGUUCUUGCUUUAAGUGCCAAGGCAAAUAUGAUCUCUGUGUUAACGGGAAUUCCUCAUGAGAAGCUUCAGGUCUUCCACCACUGGACGAGCUAUGCUAUGUUUGCUCUGGCACUCGUCCACACAUUUCCAUUCAUUAUCUAUCACAUCUCGAAAGGUGAUAUGGUAAAACAAUGGAAGACGAGUGUCGUAUAUUGGACUGGAACUGUUGCAAUAAUCUCACAGGCGUAUUUGACUCUCAUGUCUCUGCCUUUUAUUCGUAACCGGUUUUAUGAGUUCUUUAAAGCUACUCAUAUCUUUGCAGCUGUUGUCUUUGUCGUCUUUUUCUUCCUCCACUGUGACUUCCGUCUUUCCUCAUGGGACUACUUUAUCGCGACUGGUUCAAUCUACCUUCUAUGCUUGGUAGCAUCCCAAGUCCGCACCUACAUUAUCAAUGGACUCCAUACAGCGACACUCGAAGUCAUUCCAAGUGGUCUUGUUCGGGUAACAGCCCCAACAACAAUCAAUUGGACACCAGGCCAACAUGUAUUCGUGCGAUUUUUGACCUCAGACCUACAUCUUCUAACCGCUCACCCGUUCACAAUCUCUUCCGUCUGCAAAAACCCCAAUGAAACUAGCAAAGCCUCCGAACUUAUUUUCUAUAUUAAGCCUCGCGGAGGCGUGACUGGACGCCUCGCAGCCAUUGCAAUGAAAAACCCCGGGUGCUCAAAGAAGAUCCUGAUUGAGGGACCAUACGGAGGUGUAAGUGCACACCAUAUGGCUCAUUUCGAUACGAUCCUCGUCAUUGCCGGUGGCUCGGGAGGUGGAUUUUCACUUGCGACGGUUGAUGAAGCGCUACGACUAUCUGCCUUAGAGUCCAAGGAUAUCAUACCAGGACAUGAUGGUCGUCGCAAUUUACAAGUCAUCUUCUCAACUCGUGAUACCGAGAUGGCUGAUUGGUACGUCGCCGAGAUUGAGUCCCGCCUUUCUCAUUCAACGACUCUUUCUCCAGACCUAGAUAGCGGGUACGAGACAUCUGUUUCAGUGCACGUUACAUCUCGUGUGAACUCGGCAUCCUCAUCACCAGCGAUUGGCUUUGAAAAAGAUACGAGCAAAUUGCCACCGACAGAGAUCACGACAACGGGAACUUUCAGUUUGAAUGUCCACCGCAAUGCCCGGCCUGAUAUCUCGGGCUUGAUUGCGCGGACAGUGGCAAUGUCUGGUAGCCAGGGUAAAUAUGUUGGAAGAAAGCAGCGGAUUGGAGUGUUGGUUUGUGGACCUGCUUCUAUGAUCCAUGAUACUCGGAAUGCGGCAGCUUUGGCUCAGGCGCGAGUGCUAGGGGGUGAGGUUGAGGAGCUCUACCUGCACUCUGAACCUUUUGCGUGGUGA